AUGAGUGUCGGACGAGAAUUACUCACAGCAACCACAUUAGCAAAUGGAUAUGUCUUAGUUGCUGGUGGAACGAACAACGGUAGUAAUUAUCUUAAUAGUGCUGAAUUGUGCAAUCCAUUAACAAGCACUUGGACAAUCACAGGAAACCUGAAUACUGCACGAUAUGUUCACACAGCAUCCAUAUUAGCAAAUGGAUCAGUAUUAGUUGCUGGUGGACAAGGCAGUGGUGGUGCUCUCAAUAGUACUGAAUUGUACAACCCAUUAACAGGCACUUGGACAACUACAGGAAGCAUGAAUGCUGCACGAUAUUCUCACACAGCAUCCACAUUAGCAAAUGGAUCAGUAUUAGUUGCUGGCGGAUAUAGUAGUGCUGGUUAUGUCAAUACUGUUGAAUUAUACAACCCAUCAACAGGCACUUGGACAACUGCGGCAAAUAUGAGUAUCGCACGAUAUUAUCACGCAGCAUCCACAUUAGCAAACGGAAAAGUAUUAGUUAUUGGUGGAAAGAGCGCCAUUACUGUUUAUCAAAAUAAUGCUGAGCUUUGUUAA